UGUAUGGACCACCGUCAGCUCACCAUCAUAUUACCCAAGAGAAGACGUAUAGGAAAAUAAGAUAGGAAAACGAAAAGCGAGUGUGAAAAUUUAGCCUUUAUAGACUUCAAGCGUUGCACAGAACUCAUCCACAGUAAAGUAACAACGCAUGAAUAGUUUUUAUCCACGCCGCAGCCUAGGUUUUCCGAUUUUUCAAGUCCUACCAAUUGUUAAAAACAAUUUUUUAUCGAUUUUGCGGUGUGCGUGUAAGUGCGAGCCAGCAAGAGUAAAAGCUUCACCUCGUAGAGUUUUACCUCGAGUCGCAGGAUGGUAGAAAAUGCUUGAACGCGAACAACUCUUGAGAUUGUGACAUUUUUUCCUCGUUUUUUUAUUUUUACUAAGUGUGCGGAUUCGCGGUUUUCGGUCGGAACACUGUGAUUAUAGGUAUCCGCUAGAUAUAUUUCCGCUAAACAUAUAUGAAAAAGCCGUUUCUGCCUACUCGUACAACAAAAAAAAGUGGCGAGCCACAUAAAGAAACAGCCCCUGUGUUCGUACGCUGUGUGUGAAAUUACGACGAAAUUCAGUGCUGCUAAAAACCAACCGCCUUUAUAAUCACAAUUCAUUAGAGUUUAGAGAGUGUAUCGAAGGAAACUGAAGCUUGCGUAAAGACUUGGGGGGUUACAAAAUUCGCCAGCGGAAACGAGAAUCAAAGGGAUCCUGAAGGAGGAAAAUAAAAACUAACGGAAGCCGAACAGCAACCCGUUUUGUCAGCUCGGAGUCAUCGGAGGAGGAGGAGCGGUCGGAUUUUGUUCGUGAAAAUAAGUUUUCCUUUUUUUAGUGCUAUCUGUGAUCCUUUAAAGUGCUGUGUUAUCACCAUCAACGUGUUAUAUAUUGAAUGAAAUUAAAAUUUAAACUAGUUACUUCAUCGCGAAACUGUGUGUGAGAGAUAGUGCGUACAGAGAAAAAGUGUACGAGAAGCAGCAGCAGCGCCUGAAGCAACUAAUAUCGGCGCAGAGACGUGCUCUCUCUACGAAACCAAAAACCUCCCGGUCGUCGUGAGACGCAAAAAGGGGGCAAAGAAGGCGAGCAAGCGAGAGAACAUCUGGACAACAAGUUGUGUAUCCGUCACAGCUAGCCGCCGCUGCCGCCUGUGAGGAAAUACGUAGACAUCACCCGGCUCCCAGAGAGCACACCGCCGUCAUGUUUUGGGACAGUGCAAACUCGUUGUCCAAUAUAGACAGUCUGUUGAGCAAAGAGGGAGUUACACUUAAAGAUGUAUUGGAGUACGAGGACGUGUUGCAGGAAUGUAAAUCUCAAAACACAAAACUACUUCAAUAUUUAAACCGUACAGAGGUGUUCGAUGAACUGAUAGACUUGAUAAUCCAAGAGCCGCCGGAAGAUCUCGACGAGAACACACGCUUUUUGCAUUCCAAUGUGGCGUGCGAAAUACUGACCAGUGAGGUUCCGUGCUUCCGGAGCCAUCUGGUCGAGAAUUUGAACUUUCUCAACAAACUGUACAGUUUCCUGCUCCGGGACCCGCCGCUCAAUUCUCUGCUGACAUCGUUUUUCUGUAAAACAUUUGGGAUGCUCAUAUCAAAACGUAACGAACAAGAUUAUUUCUCUUAUAAGUCAGUGUGCCUACAAGUAUUAGAGUUUAUCAAGUCUAGAAAAGGUUUCCUCAACACUAUGCUGAAGCACUUUGGCAACCAGGUCAUCACCGAUCUGCUGUUGUGUUACAUUACCGACAUCGAGGAUGCCGAGCUCAAAACAGAACUACUGGAGUGGCUUAAUGAGCAACAGUUAGUUGCUGAAAUUAUCAACCUUUUGAAGUUACCAGGCGAAACGCAAAAACACAAUAAUGUCGCACAAUUUUUGAUCGAACUUAUCAAGAUAGGAAGAUGCAAACGACAAAAUGAGAGACAAGACAAAGUAACAUCCGAUCCAAUCUUGGAAACGUUGGAGAACGAAGCAACCACCCAGAUGCUGUUGGAUAUCAUACUAAAAGAGAACAGCGAAGAAAGCUCAAUCGUCGGAGGCAUACAAAUUCUACUGCGACUUCUGGAGAAUACGAUUAUACAAGAGCCGGUUUCCGAUACUGCACUCCAAAUGGUAAUCGAUGCUGAAAAGGAGCAUCACGACACUGUCGUGCUACGCUUAGUAAACGUCAUACAUCCGAGAAUGAUUGAGUUUAUCCACAUUUUAAAGAAUCCGCCUCAGAAACCCGACAUCAUAACCACGGUCGGCGUACUUUCACCACCUCUAGGAAACGUGAGACUUCAGAUUUGUAAUUUAUUUACAGUAUUAAUAGAAACCGAAAACAGUGAUGUUAUCAGGACAAUAUGCGGAACAGAUUUCUAUAGUACAUUGCUCAACCUUUUUAAGCAAUAUUGUUGGAACAAUUUUUUGCAUAAUCAGGUCAAGGUUUGCGUCAACUACGCCAUUCAAUCGUUUGAUCAGAAGGAGGGCGAAACCAUGCUUCUUACCUCGCAUUUACAGCGACAUAUUAUGUGCGAUUGCAAGCUUGCCUCCCGUCUGGUGGACCUAUGGUAUUACAACGAGGAGAUGCAGAGACCGGUGGACGCCGAAGGGAAGGAAAAACCGUUGCGUGAGUGCCGCCGGCUUGGUUACAUGGGCCACCUGAUCGACAUGUUUGAGGCGCUCGUCACGAACAUGAACGUGUCGGAAGAAUUUUGUGCCUUAGUCGAAUCGACCCUGGAGCGGGAAGACAUAAAAGACCGCUGGCGGUGUGUGACUCAGCCCGCAAAUGGCGAGUUGAGCACGAUACUUGCGAUCCAAAAGCGGUUUUUGGCUGACUGUCCAUAUCAAAAGAAAGAAUUUUCAUGCGACCUUACACUAUUCCAAAACCAAGCGGGAAGCCAAUAUUCCAACUCUAUGUUUGACAACAGUACAGCAGUGAAUAACCCCGAGUUGUGGGCCUUGGAUAUGCUUAGCAUCAGCAAAUCAGUACAACAGUUUAUACACAUGAUAGAUUUUGACGGGGAUGACGAAUGGAAAGGCGAGGCUAAUGAGGGAGGCGAAGCGGAUCCUGGGAGAAUACCUACCCAAAGUGAUGGGCCCGAGAGUGGCGAUGGCGGCGGUGGUCAUAGGCCUUACGACGAGGAUCUUAAGAGUGCUAUCGAUUUGUUCAUCAACAAAAAUGCUUGGCCGUCGUCGCAAGACAACACCGAAAACGUUGAUAACAACGCUGACCCCUGGGGCUCUAGUGAAGAAGUCGGGACUAUUGAUUGUCAGAAUCCGGAGAACGAAUCUGAUGCUUGGGCCAAUUUCGGGUCGGACAGUUUUGCAGAUUUCGAUGCACAUUUUUCGGACCCUUCGGAGACGGCAACGAUCACCGAUAUUUCGUCGAAGACAUUUUUCGACAAUAAUGAAAACAUUACCUUUUCAAAUUUUGGAGAAGAAAACAGCGAUCCCUUGGCAACAGCGGCUAUGCUCGGAGCGCUCGAUUCCAGCAAAAACAAGUCCAGUUCCACAGGUGUCACUGACAAUAGCUCAAACCAUCCUACCAACGAAGACACUGUAUUUGAAAAACCUGCCACCCACAGUUCUACCAUUGAAAACGAUGAUGCUAGAAAUAGUAAUGUAAUACAUGAUGUGCCAUUAUCCGUGCCCGUAGUAGACACUAGUAGUUUUCAGCAAUCGAUUCUAGCGACCGCACAGCCGCCGACAUCGACCAACGGAACCGUUCUGGAUAGUAGCAGUUGUACCAUUGGUGGUAGUAGCGCAGCGGAAGUUGCACCGUCGUCGAUUUUGGUCGGUGAUGAACUGCAGUCUAAUAUGGUUUUAACCACAGAGGAACCUGCUAUUGCUGUCACCAAUGGGCCAAUUGAAGACGCGAGCGAGCUUGUGGUAUCGUGUGAUGCACCUGAAAGGAGAAAUAGUGAAAUGGUCGAACCUGAUAUGGACACGCAACCGGAUAGCACAGCAUUGAAAAUCGGUCCUGAGAGCAGUAGCGAAGUAGCAACAGCAGCAGCAGCAGUGGCAGCUGAAGAAUCGUCCAUUGCAACAAAGACUUCUGACCUCGUAAUAGCAGUGGGUUGCAUCGAUAUCAACAACAGUGGGAGUAACGCAGAAGAGAUUCUUAUCUCGUCAAUUGAUCCAUCGAAGCUCCCAGCCGAAGUGCUCCAGCAGCAGCAGCAGCAACCUCAGCAACCACCACCACCAACUGUGCCAUUAGAGAAUGGGUCAGUGUAAGUUAGCAAAAAACGACGUAAAAAAAGAGAAAUAAUCGGGCUAGUGCUAGGGCAGAUCGAAAAAAUAUAGAGGAAAUCAGUUUGAAUGGGAAGCUUUUUGAACGUAGGGCUAAUCGUUGCGUAAUUUGAAAUUGGAUGCGAGACGGUGAAAAAAAAAACACGUGAACCAAUCGGCGAGCCGGUUGUGAAAAACUAAUGAAAAGUGUGCUUUCAUUGCAAAGCAAAUGGGAAAUCCAGAGGAAAGAUAUUUUUAUCAUUCGUAUAUUUUUACCAAUUUCAGGAGAUGUUUCGUUUCGUGCAGGCAUCGUUGUCGCUAAAUGAUCUACGUUGAUUCCAAUUAUUUACGAAAAUAGUUAACAGGGAUUGUUUUGUGAGCACAAUGUAUGUGGUCUUGGUGCUGAGGUUCUUUGAAACGAUACCGCGAAAAGGAAGUUAUCGAGUAGCUUUGGAUCAAAAACAGAAUUAUGUGUUAGUUUUCUUACAUUUUUUUCUUUUAAAUAUAUUGUGUUUUGGUCAAACGUUUUUAUUAAAAUGUGUUAUAAUGUGUUCGUCGGAAAACAGGUUAUUCAAACAGUUGUGAACCGUUCUUGCCUCCACACGAAGGCUGGUGACGAUAUGGGUUAUCAUUUAAAAUUGUUUUCGUGAAGCAGAAAUGCAAACGUUUGGCGAUUAUUUCUCGUCCAAAAAUAGCAAUUUAGUUACUAUUACUGUAAAAGUUUAAUUCUUGUUUUUUUUACAGAUAAUUCUAUUUAGGCAAAAGAAAACUCGAUGUAUUUUUAUGCAUAAAUAAGCCAAAAUGCAGGAACAAUUAGGGAUGCGUAAAAGGAUGAAAGUGAAAGACAUGAAAGCAAUCGUAUUUGUAUGGUUUCUAAAAGGGAUGUGUGCGAUGAGAAACGCAGAAAUUGCUAAGUUGAGAGAGAGAGAGAGUGAAAAAGAGAACGGGUGAAAAAUACACAAAGCUUCCGCCAAAACGAAACCAUAAAAUCUACAAUUGAAAGUACGAGUUUAGUAGCACUUAAGUAAGCUCUUCAGCAUAAAUGUAAAGAGGCAAAAUGAAAAUUGAGCAAAGAAACGGCUAGAUUAAUUUUGUUUCUGUCGAUGAACACAAGACUGGUUCAAGCAGAAAUUUUUCACCGACUACUUGAUUCGAGGAUCAACUAUUUCUAGAAAUUUUAUUUGAGUUCGUUAGUAGAUUAAGUGAAUAAGAGAAAUAUAUUAUCGGUUCAAAUCGCAUUAAUUUUUUUUGGUAUAAAAUUUUGAAAAGUAAAAAGUUGAGUUGCAUACCAUCUUAAAAGUCUGGACAAAGAAGAAUGAAAAACUGUCAGAGAGAAAAAAGUGAGCAUGAGUCUUUCGAUGAGACGAAGAAAAGGGCUGUUAUCGAAUGUGCGAAAUUAAAAUUAUAAUAUUUUCCGUGUUAAUCGUUUAACCGUCAUUCAAUCAGCUCGAUUCACCACAACUUAAUUUAAGCUAUUCCUAGGUUUUUCAUUCUAUAUACGCUUAAUUUACGGUUUGUGUUUUCUUUUUCCCUUGUUUCUAUACGUAUCCAACAAAUCUGUAUUUGUUCUUUUUCCUAUCAUUACAAAAGUGUUGCUCAAUUCGAUCAUCGAUUUGGAUUUCCUCAUCAUCUUUUCAAGGAAGAAGCAAGAAGAAGAAUCGAAUGUUUGAACAUAUCUCUCACGCUGUGUAUAGAAAUUCGUUCUUGUUUCAAUUUAUUGCUUUUUAUACUGUUAAAACAUAAAAACCACAAUGCAAUUACGAGAAAAAAAAAGAAAACCUUUCAGUGAUAGCUUCAGAACUCAAACAAGUAUAACACAAACUCACUCACACAUGCAUUAAUAUAUACACACAUACACAUCUCUCGCUAAAAGAGACAAGAUAAACAAAAAUGGUGCAAUGUUCUGAUAUAUAUUAUAAAUCAAAUGUAAGCUAGUGCCACUUUCUAAAGUACCAAGGAAAUAUGAUGAAUAAAGGAAUGUGAACGUCCACAAUUUUGCUGCC